AAGAAGCGAAAUCCCCCACCUCCAGGCCUUCAGGGCUGGUUCUUGGGAAAUCCUAACUCUUUCCCUUCUAACCCCUUCCUUGGCCCUUCUUCCUGCCCGGGAGGAUAAAGGGCGCUGUUUUCCAGACGCUGCCGGGUCGGAAACGGUGGGGGAACGGGGCGGUACGCGUGGGUGGAGGAUAGGCGGGGAGGGGGCAGUCCACGAACUUUUGUCAUUCAGCCUGGGAGACCACGGUGACAUUCCUGUCUGCGCUGUGGGCAGGCCAGCCUCUCCGGCCCUGGACUAGGGGGCGCCGCCGAGAGAAGCAGCCGCAGACUGCAGAGUCGCCGACUGCGCUGUUCGCAAGGCAGACUCCGGGCUGCCCACCGCGGCCUAGCGCGCGCCGGAUGGCAGGAGAAGUGUCCGCGGCCACGGGCCGCUUCUCGCUGGAGCGGUUGGGCCUCCCGGGCCUGGCCCUCACCGCGGCCCUGCUGCUCCUGGCCCUCUGCUUGCUCGUCCGGCGCACCAGGAGACCCGGUGAGCCUCCAUUGAUAAAAGGUUGGCUUCCUUAUCUUGGAGUGGUCCUGAACUUACGGAAAGACCCUUUAAGGUUCAUGAAAACACUUCAAAAGCAACAUGGUGACACUUUCACUGUUCUUCUUGGUGGAAAGUACAUAACAUUUAUUCUGGACCCCUUCCAGUACCAGCUAGUGAUUAAAAAUCAUAAACAAUUAAGCUUUCGAUUAUUUUCUAAUAAAUUAUUAGAGAAAGCAUUUAGCAUCAGUCAGUUGCAAAAAAAUCAUGACAUGAAUGAUGAGCUUCACCUCUGCUAUCAAUUUUUGCAAGGCAAAUCUUUGGACAUACUCUUGGAAAGCAUGAUGCAGAAUCUAAAACAAGUGUUUGAACCCCAGCUGUUAAAAACCACAAGUUGGGACACGGCACAACUGUAUCCAUUCUGCAGCUCAAUAAUAUUUGAGAUCACAUUUACAACUAUAUAUGGAAAAGUUAUUGUUUGUGACAACAACAAAUUUAUUAGUGAGCUAAAAGAUGAUUUUUUAAAAUUUGAUGACAAGUUUGCAUAUUUAGUAUCCAACAUACCCAUUGAUCUUCUAGGAAAUGUCAAGUCUGUUAGGGAGAAAAUUAUAAAAUGCUUUUCAUCAGAAAAGUUAGCCAAGUUGCAAGGAUGGUCAGAAGUUUUUCAAAGCAGGCAAGAUGUCCUGGAGAAAUAUUAUGUGCACGAGGACCUUGAAAUAGGAGCACAUCAUUUAGGCUUUCUCUGGGCCUCUGUGGCAAACACUAUUCCAACUAUGUUCUGGGCAAUGUAUUAUCUUCUGCGGCACCCAGAAGCUAUGGCAGCAGUGCGUGACGAAAUUGACCGUUUGCUGCAGUCAACAGGUCAAAAGAAAGGGUCUGGGUUUCCCAUCCACCUCACCAGAGAACAAUUGGACAGCCUGAUCUGCCUAGAAAGCACCAUUUUUGAAGCUUUACGACUGUCCUCAUAUUCAACCACCAUUCGUUUUGUUGAGGAGGAUUUGACUCUCAGUGCAGAGACUGGGGACUACUGUGUGCGAAAGGGAGACUUGGUAGCCAUCUUUCCUCCAAUCCUACAUGGUGACCCUGAAAUCUUUGAAGCUCCAGAGGAGUUUAGAUAUGAUCGUUUUAUAGAAGAUGGUAAGAAGAAAACCACCUUUUUCAAAAGAGGGAAAAAGCUGAAGUGUUACCUAAUGCCGUUUGGAACUGGAACCAGCAAAUGUCCAGGCCGAUUUUUUGCACUUAUGGAAAUAAAGCAAUUGUUGGUUAUACUUUUAACUUAUUUUGAUUUAGAAAUAAUUGAUGAUAAGCCCAUAGGACUAAACUACAGCCGCUUGUUGUUUGGUAUUCAGUAUCCAGAUUCUGAGGUUUUAUUUAGAUACAAAGUGAAAUCUUAGAGAAGCUAAAAGGAAAGAAAAUAAAUCUAUCAAAAUUACCCUAAACAUCCUAAGCUCAUCUAUUUCUUUUUAAUUUCUGCAAAUGUAAUUGAUUUAUUUGUUUAAAAAGUGCUAAUUUCUAUUUUAUCUGAUAUCAAUCCAGUUUGUCCUUAGUCACAAAGCCUAUCAUAAUAUAAAACAGGAUGGUGGCAGGAAAAUGGACAUCAAAAUCAACUUAAGGGUAGGCUCAAAACAGGGUUGUUGUUGUUUUUUUAGUUUCUCCUUGUUGUGAUUUUCACCUGUUAUAAUAAAUGUACCUUCACACCAAUA